AUGGACGCCUCCUCCCUCCGCAUCUCCAAGUUCGAUGGAACUAACUUCCACGCCUGGAAGUUCAAGAUGCAGAUGGUGCUGGAGGAACGGGACCUAUGGGAGGUCGUCAGCGGUGAGAUCAAGGCGGAACAGUGCGAGACUCAGUUGGACCAAGCGACGUACAAGAGGAAGUCAAGAAAGGCGAUGGCAGUGAUCUGUCUAGCCAUGGAAGAUUCCCAGCUACCGUUGGUCCGGUCGGCAAGUGGUGCAUGCGACGCAUGGUCAAGGUUGGAAGACCACUUCGAGAAGAAGAGUCUUGCCAACAAGCUGUUCUUGCGCCGUCGCUUCUUCACGACAAUGAUGGAAGAAGGCGACGAUGUGCUCGAACACAUCAACAAGCUCAAGACGCUGGCGGAACAGCUAGAAGCGGUGGGGGCUCCAGUCUGCGAGGACGAUCUGGUGAUCACACUCCUCGGCAGCCUGAGUGACUCGUAUCAAUUCUUGAUCACAGCUUUGGAGUCGCGCUCAGACACUCUUAGCUGGGAGCUCGUGACGUCUCGACUGCUUCAUGAAGAAAUGAAGCGGAAGGAGCAAGGAAGUAAAGGUGAUGAAGCUUCGCAAGGUCAAGCGUUCAUCACAAGGGACAAUCAGCGCAAAGGGCGACCAGUGAAGAAGUCCUGGCCGUGCCACAAUUGCGGAAAGAUUGGUCACUGGAUGGCGGAGUGCCCCUCGCGCAUCCAAGAAAACACGGAGAGACACCGGCCACAGCGUGCUCAAGACAGCGGCGACCGCUAUCGAUCACAACGUGCAAACGUCGCUCAAGAAGAAGACUCGGGCGACUACCUCUUUUCGAUCGGUGAAACGACAUCUGCGAAAUCGAGCGACAUCUGGCUGGUCGACUCCGGGGCGACGCAGCACAUGACGUGCUCCAAGAAGUUCAUGCGGAACUACAAGGGGUUUGACGCUGUGGAUGUCCAUCUCGCGGAUGAUGGAAUCGUCCAAGCAAUCGGCAGUGGGGACAUUGUCAUGUCGAUGAAGACACCCCAAGGGAUGAAGAAAGGUGUGCUCACAAACGUGUGGCACAUCCCAAAGUUAUCCAGAAACCUGUUCUCGGUCGGCCGCUUCACCAAGGAUGUCGGCCCAGUGACGUUCACGAAGGAUGGGUGCUAUGGAAAAGCGCGUGAAGUACCUUCAAAGCGACAAUGGGGGUGA